AUGCCGGAAAGGGCACCUGCUGGACAGCUCCCACGUGGCGUUGAUGUUAUCCUUGAUGAUGACCUUGUUGACAGGGCUAAACCAGGAGACAGGAUACAGCUCGUAGGAGUUUACCGAUCUCUUGGAAAUCGAAAUACGAACUCUAGCAGCUCAACUUUCCGCACCGUGGUUAUUGCAAACAAUGUUAUCCACCUUGCCUCCAAGUCUGGAGGAGGAAUUGUCCAACCCACGAUAACGGACACUGAUGUUAGAAACAUUAAUAAGCUGGCAAAGAAGAAGAAUAUAUUCGAUCUUCUUUCCCAGUCCCUUGCACCGAGUAUAUAUGGCCAUGAUUAUAUCAAGAGAGCUAUAUUGCUCAUGCUGUUGGGUGGAAUGGAAAAGAAUCUUGAUAACGGAACCCAUCUUCGUGGAGACAUCAAUAUUCUAAUGGUUGGUGACCCGUCGACAGCCAAAUCCCAACUUCUACGAUUUGUGCUCAACACUGCUCCAUUGGCAAUUGCCACCACCGGCCGAGGUUCGUCUGGUGUUGGUCUUACUGCCGCCGUGACCACCGAUAAAGAAACCGGAGAGCGUAGGCUAGAAGCCGGUGCUAUGGUUUUGGGAGAUCGAGGAGUAGUGUGUAUUGACGAAUUCGACAAGAUGAGCGACGUUGAUCGAGUUGCAAUCCACGAAGUUAUGGAACAGCAGACCGUCACGAUUGCAAAGGCCGGCAUUCAUACGUCUUUAAAUGCGCGGUGCAGUGUCAUUGCAGCUGCAAAUCCAAUCUUUGGGCAAUAUGAUACCCAUAAAGACCCGCAUAAGAACAUUGCUUUACCCGACUCACUUUUGUCCCGUUUCGAUCUUCUCUUUGUGGUUACUGAUGAUAUUGAUGACAAGAGAGAUAGGCUCGUUUCUGAGCAUGUUCUACGAAUGCACCAGUACCGUGAUCCAAGACAGGAAGAAGGGGCUCCCGUUCGUGAGCAAGCUGGCUCCAGUCUUGGGGUCGGGCUGGAAGAAAGCCAGGACAAGAACCGAACCACCGAAGUGUACGAGAAGUUCAAUGUUAUGCUUCAUGCCGGCAUCUCUCAGAGUGGUAGAAGGGCUGGCAAGAAGGUUGAAGUGCUCAGCCUUCCCUUUGUCAAGAAAUAUAUCCAAUAUGCGAAAUCACGAAUCAAACCAGUUCUCAGCAAGGGUGCCGCCGACCAUAUUGUGAGCACAUACUCGGCCCUCCGAAAUGACGAGCUACUUGGAAACCAGAGGAAGACAUCUCCCAUGACUGCUCGUACGCUCGAGACCUUGAUCCGUCUCUCCACGGCUCAUGCAAAGGCACGUCUGUCCAACAGAGUAGAUGAGAAGGACGCCAAGGCUGCUGAAGCUAUUCUCCGAUUUGCUCUGUUUAAGGAGGUGGUUGAAGAUGAGAGACGCAAGAGACGCAAGACUGCCAAUAUACCAGAAUCAGACUCUGAUUCAGAGGACUCUGACAAUGACGAUGAGGGAGACUAUACACCACGCAGAAGGACGACACAAUCAGCUUCAGGAGCUCGGUCCAGCAACCGACCGGGCCUCAGAGGCUCCAGAGCAACGUCUACUCCUGGCGUAAAUGAUACGAAUAUUGCUGAUGAUGAUGAUGACGAUGACGACGAUGAUGGCACAUACAACGCUUCUCCUAGUGGCCGGUCAGCACACUCGUCUAGACAGACACGAAGCCAACAGACACCGUCCCAAUCGCAGAUGUCUGUGGCCUCGUCACAUCCGGCAUCCCAGCUUCUUGAAUCUCAGGAGACAGACAACACAGAAUCCCAGGCGGAUGUCUUGGCAAAUGCGGUUGCAGCAUCCGCAUCCCUACCUCCACUCCCACCGGCUCGUCUGAGCACGUUCCGACAAGCUCUCGGCCCACUUAUGAGGUCUGAUCUGUUCCAGGGAGAUUCUGCGGAUGUGCAGAAGGUCGUUGAGGCAGUUAACACUUCCGUAAGAUCGUCUAGUGCAGGAAGUGACGGUGAGUUUGAAUUGGCCGAGGCACUCCAAGCUUUGGCCGUAAUGAAUGACCGAAACGAAAUCAUGUAA